GUCUGUGGAGGAUCUUGGUUCGGUUCCGGCGCGACUGGCGAACCGGAAAUCAGAUUCAGAUUCCCCGCGCGCCAGAUCCUGGACCCUGAACAACGCUCUGUGCCGGUGAGGAUGUCGAAUGCCCGGGCGGGAACGCUCACGGAAAGUGCCGCUGGAAUUGAACCCAGAGGAGGAAAGAAUGGCUUUCAUACAUUCAAAAGCAAAGUCCAAGCUUUGCCUUUUCCAGACUCUGUACUUCUCGUGUUCUCUAAAAUAGGAAUCCAGAAGAUUGAUCAUGACUUGCAGCUCUAAAAACUAUGGAUCAGACAUCAGUGAUGUUCAGGGAUGUUGCCAUUGACUUCUCUCAGGAAGAGUGGGAGUGCCUGGACUCUGCUCAGAGGGAUUUGUAUAAAGAUGUGAUGUUCGAGAACUAUAGUAACUUGGUGUCACUAGACGUGCUUUCACGGUGUGCAAAUAAGAACUUUUCUCUUAAAAAGGACACUUAUGAAAUAGAAAUAUCUCAAUGGGAGAUGAGUGACAAGCUUGAAAACUGUGAUCUUAAAGUAGCCAGUUCUAGAGAUUAUUUGGAGGCCAAAGGCUCAUUGGCAAAUAAGCAAGAUAAUCAGGAAUAUUUCAGACAAGGGAUGAUUAUUCUUGAAACCAUGUCUAUUUUCAACCAGCAUACUUGCUUAAGUCAGCGUUCUAGAUGUCAUUCUACUGAGAAACCCUAUAAUUGUAAGGAGUGUGGAAAGGCUUUUAGACGAGCCUCACACCUGACUCAACAUCAAAGUAUUCAUACUGGUGAGAAACCAUAUGCAUGUAAGCAGUGUGGGAAGGCUUUUAGUCGCGAUUCACAGCUUAUUCUUCAUCAGAGACUUCAUACUGGUGAAAAACCCUAUGCAUGCAAGGAAUGUGGGAAGGCAUUUACACAGAGCUCACAACUUAUUUUACAUCACAGAAUUCAUACUGGUGAAAAACCAUAUAAAUGUGAAGAAUGUGGGAAAGCUUUUAUUCGUAGCUCACAACUCACUCGACAUCAAAAAGUACAUACUGGCGAGAAACCUUAUGAAUGUAAAGAAUGUGGGAAGGCUUUUACUCAGAACUCACAACUUACUCUGCACCAGCGACUUCAUACUGGUGAGAAACUCUAUGAAUGUAAAGAAUGUAGGAAGGUCUUUACUCAGCUUUCUCAGCUUAUUCUGCAUAAAAGAAUUCAUACAGGUGAAAAACCCUAUGAAUGUAAAGAAUGUGGGAAAGCUUUCAUUUGUGGUUCACAGCUUUCUCAACAUCAGAAAAUUCAUAAUGGGGAAAAACCAUAUGAAUGUACAGAGUGUGGAAAGGCCUUUAUUCGUGGCUCAUUACUUAUGCAACAUCAAAGGAUCCAUACUGGUGAAAAGCCCUAUAAGUGUGAAGAAUGUGGGAAAGCCUUUAUCCGUGGCUCACAGCUUACUCAACACCAGAGAAUCCAUACCAAUGAGAAACCUUAUGAAUGUAAGGAAUGUGGAAAAACAUUUAGUCAUGGCUCACAACUUACUCAACAUCAGAGAAUACAUACUGGUGAAAAGCCCUAUUUGUGUAGGGAAUGUGGAAAGGCCUUUAAUCGUGGCUCACUCCUUACUCGACACCAGCGGAUUCAUACCGGUGAGAAACCCUAUGAAUGUAAAGAAUGUGGAAAGACCUUUAGUCGUGGCUCAGAACUCACACAACAUGAGAGAAUUCACACAGGUGAGAAACCCUAUGAAUGUAAGGAAUGUGGGAAGUCCUUUAUUCGUGGCUCACAGCUUACGCAACAUCAGAGAAUUCAUACUGGUGAGAAACCUUAUGAAUGUAAAGAAUGUCGAAUGGCCUUUACUCAGAGUUCACAUCUUUCUCAGCAUCAGAGACUUCAUACUGGUGAGAGACCCUAUGUAUGUAAUGAAUGUGGGAAGGCUUUUGCUCGGGGCUUACUACUUAUACAGCAUCAGAGAAUUCAUACAGGUGAGAAACCAUAUCAGUGUAAAGAAUGUGGGAAAGCCUUUAUUCGUGGGUCACAACUUAAUCAGCAUCAACGAAUUCACACUGGAGAAAAGCCCUAUGAAUGCAAGGAAUGUGGAAAGGCCUUUAGUCAUGGCUCUCAGCUUACUUUACAUCAGAGAAUCCAUACAGGCGAAAAACCUUAUGAAUGCAAAGAAUGUAGGAAAGCCUUUACUCAGAGCUCACAUCUUUCUCGACAUCAAAGAAUUCAUACUGGUGAGAAACCAUAUCAAUGUAAGGAAUGUGGGAAGGCCUUUACUCGUGGUUCACAGCUAAUUCAACAUCAGAGAAUACAUAUCAACGAGAAAUCUUUUGGAUAUACGGGAUGUGGGGUAGACUUUACUCAUGGCUCACAAGUUUAUAUGUGAAUUAUCUGAUUUUCUGUGACUAAUAGAGAGCCUUCUGUAAUCAUUAAUCUAUUAUCAGUGUCUUAAAAUGUGAAUAUGGAGGCAUGUUUGAAAAAGCUCAGCAUCAGUAUAAAUGGGAGAAAAAUGUUAAUUAACAGAAAAUCCUGUCAAUUUAGGAAACUGGUUAAACUUUAAAAUAGUUUAAAAUAGGGACUAAUUUUGUUAGUGUAGUAAGUAUAGGAAAGUUUCAGCCCUAGCAUGUCUUUUUUAUGAAAGUAUUGUCAUUUUCUUUCUUUUGUAAAAAUUUCCAUUUUGUUUUCCUAUUCAUCAUAAUUAUUGACCUCUUGUUUGGCUUAAUUGUUUGUAAGAUAGACCCAGCUAAGGUUCUUGGAAGUAUAUGUAAAGCCUUAGAACAGUGCCUUGAACAUAGCACUUCCCAAAUAUUAGCUCUCAUGUUCACAUUAGAAUUUCUAUUUGCAUAAGGUGGGUAUUUACAAAUAUUGAGAAAUGGAUAUUUCUUAAUAAUGCAUAUUGAGAAACCUGUUUUUUACUCUUAACCCUGAUUAUUUUAAUGAGGGUCACUGUCAUUUAUAAUAAAUAUGAGACACCUUUCAACUACAUAUCCUAUAUACUAUAAGAGGAGUUCUUAGUGUAAAAAAGAAAUGUAGAUUAGUUUGUAGGUUGUUGAAGUGUUGUAAAGUGAAUUGUAUUGAAGUUGAAAAUUUUAUGUUUGUCACUGACCAGAGUUCAGAGAUUUGUUUUUUAGAAGUUUUAAAAAUGGAUCAGGACCAAGAUGUACCUCUGCAUCCCUCCUCACACUUGAUACUUUUUCUGAUAUUCAGCAACAGCUGUGCAAUAAGGCCAGAGGGAUAGUACAGAGGUCAGGGUGCUUGCCUUGCAUGUGGUCAACUCAGGUUCAUUCCCUAGCAUUCCAUUUGGACCCCUGAGCACUGCUAGGAGUAGUUCCUGAAUGCAGAGCCAGGUGUAACCCCAGAGCAUCAAGUGUAACCCCCAAAAAGAAGGGGAAAAAAGAUGUGUAACAAAAUUAAUAUACUGUGAAUUUUUUAAUAUUGAAUACAUAGCUUUCCAAUAAAGAAAAUUUGUCAUUACAAGUAAUUUUGCAACAAGAAAUGGUGUGUCUCAAAACCUGUUAAUUACUCAGUAACCAUUUUCCCUUUUUAUUUCUGACUGAAAAAUUAUCUUGGCCAACUUUGCAUAUCAAGAUGGAGGUGGUAUUUCUAUGAUGGAAUGUUUUAGACAUCUUUUUCCUCUCUUUAUUAUCCCCCAUCCCUUCCAGUCCCCACUCCUGCCUACAUUGUAGACCUUUAAUCUGAAGCUCUGGUGUUUUUAUGGCUAUUUUAAAAAUGGUUUUCAGGAUAAUGGAGCAGAAAUUCAGAACAAGUCUACACAUCUGAUUUUCUAUGGAACAAGCAUAUCAAAUACGGACUGCCUGCCUCCUAUAGUUUUUUUUUUAAUAUAAGAUUUAAAUAAACUUCAUUGGUGCUGUUUUGUUAAUAUUGAAACUUUUUAAGAAUAUAAAAUUGUGUGCCUGGAAGUGGAAUUCUGUUCUUACAUGAAAUCUCAAAUGUAGCAUUGAAUUAGGAUCAUGUAGUGUAGGACCCACUUGAGGCCCCCAAAACAGAAGAAAC